AAAACUAUGAUUCAGUCACUGAUCCCGAAACGUCACAACGUCAGGAUUUGUCACUAAGCGCUCAGAAAACAGUCUUCUUGAUUCAGCCACAAAUCUGACUACAAGACCACUGUCGUGGAAAUAUGUGACAUUUAGGCCAUUGUAAUGACUGCAGAACUGUCACAAGGUCACCCAUUAUAUUCAUGGGUAGGGUGUGGAAAAAAGUUACAUGUCUUUAUGCCAUUCUUUGUUCCUCCAUGGCCCUUUAAAGGACAACUCUGUCAGCCUGUCCUAUAGAGGGGACGCUUUUUCGGACCAAUGCAGACCCCCCCUCAGUUCCUCACUGUCAAUGCCUGUGCGUGGGUCAGCAAUUUUUGUCGCUUUCAAGAUAUUGGGACCAGUGAAAAUUUUGACGUGCCGGAAAAGAUGUCAGUCAGCGUCCAUGAAAACCGCAAGUCAAGAACGAGCACGGGCUCCAUGAACAUCUCGCUGUUCCACAAGCCCUCUCAUCCAGACAGUGUGCUCACCCACCUAAAUUCCCUCCGCAAACAGUGCAUGUUCACAGACGUAACACUAUGGGCAGGCGACCGCUCCUUUCCCUGUCACCGAGCUGUGCUUGCAGCUUGCAGUCGCUACUUCGAAGCCAUGUUCAGCGGUGGUCUCCGUGAGAGCCUUGACAACGAGGUUAACUUUCGUGACAGUGUGCACCCGGAGGUUCUGGAGCUGCUAUUGGACUUUGCUUACUCCUCACGUGUCAUCAUCAACGAGGAAAAUGCAGAGUCACUUCUUGAGGCCGGAGAUAUGCUGCAAUUUCACGAUAUACGUGAUGCUGCAGCAGAAUUUUUGGAGAAGAACUUGCAUUCGUCGAACUGCUUGGGGAUGAUGCUGCUUUCGGAUGCCCAUCAGUGCAAGCGCCUUUAUGAGCUCUCGUGGAGGAUGUGCCUCAUCCACUUUGAGACUCUUCGAGACACUGAAGACUUCUGUGGCCUCUCCAAAGACAAACUUCUAGAUCUCAUACUUAGUGACGAGCUGGAGAUUGAGGAUGAACAGAUUGUGUUCAAUGCUGUCAUGCGCUGGGUUCGGUAUGACCUAGACAGUCGCAGAGACUACAUUCCUGAGUUGCUGCGAGGAAUACGUCUUGCACUGUUACCUUCAGAGUGCCUCAUUGAGGCUGUGGCGUGUGAGGAACUUGUGAUGUCAGAUAAAAGGAGCAGACAGAUUGUUGAUGAGGCCAUGCAAUGCAAGAAGAAGAUUCUUCAGAACGACGGAGUUGUCACUAGCCCAUGUGCCAGACCUCGCAAAUCUGGACACACACUGCUCAUUCUUGGGGGCCAGACGUUUAUGUGUGAUAAAAUCUACCAAGUGGACCACAAAGCUAAAGAGAUCAUCCCCAAAUCAAAUCUUCCUAGUCCCAGGAAGGAGUUCAGCGCAUGUGCCAUCGGCUGCAAGGUUUACGUGACCGGAGGAAGAGGGUCAGAAAAUGGGGUUUCAAAGGACGUUUGGAUAUAUGACACAGUACAUGAAGAAUGGUCUAAAGGUGCCCCCAUGUUAAUUGCACGUUUUGGUCACGGUUCAGCUGAACUCGAAAACUGCCUUUAUGUUGUUGGGGGUCACACAGCAAUAGCAGGUGUCUUCCCGGCCUCUCCCUCAGUAUCCCUUAAACAGGUUGAGCGAUACGACCCACUAACCAACAAAUGGACAAUGAUGGCACCACUUAGGGAUGGAGUCAGCAAUGCAGCAGUGGUCAGUGCCAAGCUAAAACUCUUUGUGUUUGGUGGAACGACCAUUCACAGGGAUAAGGCCUCAAAGGUCCAAUGCUAUGACCCGGUUGAGAACCGUUGGGCCAUAGCUGCUGAGUGCCCACAACCGUGGAGAUACACGGCCGCUGCUGUUCUUGGCAGUCAGAUAUUCAUUAUGGGCGGCGACACAGAGUUCACGGCUGCAUCCGCUUACCGAUUUGACUGUGAGACCAAUCAAUGGACCCGUGUUGGUGACAUGACCUCUAAAAGAAUGAGCUGCCAUGCUGUGGCCUCUGGUAAUAAACUCUAUGUGGUUGGCGGUUACUUUGGGACACAGCGGUGUAAAACCCUGGAUUGUUAUGAUCCGACAUCGGAUAGCUGGAACAGUAUCACUACCGUGCCUUAUUCACUGAUUCCAACUGCAUUUGUCAGCACCUGGAAGCAUCUUCCUGCCUAGUUGCCUCCAAUUUAAGAGAAUGGAGCUGAUCUGGGUGCCAUGGUCUUCUGGCUACACUGAAUGGAGGACAGAAGAGCUGGAUUGUCAUUGGCUGGCCUGAAGCACCUCUGCUUGAUGGGUGUGGUGUGGCUGCGGUCGGUCACGGCCACUCUGCAGGGCGCCUCUCGAAAACAAACCAACCAUCCAUUGCAGAGAAGAGCUGCAACAUCUAUAAAAAAUGAAGCCUUGAUAUGGCAAACAGCACAAAUUUGGCUAAACCCAUGCUUGUCCUUUGCCAAAUUCAGAGGCACAAUGGCACAAUAACCUUUUGCACCAAUCUCUGCUGUAUUACAUGAGUCUUUUUAGGUACAUGUCUUUGCAGAAUUGUUUGUCUGUUGCAAUCCAUCGAAUCAAAGAACAUUCUAUUUAGUGAGCUCAGUAAUAUGGCUUACUGAGUGAACGGCAAAAAAAAAAAAAAAAAAAGACUUAAGCAAAAGCAUGAUUUGCUUCAUGAAUCCUUCUACUCUACCAUAACUGGCAGCACAGCAGGUCUACAUUAGUGUUCCAUUGCUUCCAAACGCCUUAUGGAUUCUGCGUUAAAUUGACAUGCUCAACUAAACCAAGUUUAAACAUCUACAUGUUCAGAACGUCCCUAUGGGAAAGUGCAAGUUUACUUAAGUAAGAUGUGAAAUGCCUGCGGUAUUUCUAUUUAAUAAGUAUCUGUGAAAUUUAUUUUUACCUGGGACUUGUAUAGAUUCCAUAGCACAAUGCACUAUCAAGGACUUCCUCUCAUUUUUAAAUUUCUCAGAUUGUUGAAGGUAUAAACAUUUGAUAAAUGCAUUUAAUUUAUGUGUUUGAGAAAACAAAAAAAUUGCACAUGACACUACAAGUAUCACUUUGGAUGAUGAGGGUAUUGAUGUUUGCUAUCCUUUUUCCUCUAAAUUUUAUAUGCUUUGCCAGAUUUAAAAAAUAGAUAUAGAUAGUUCACCCUAAAAAUUAAACUCACCCUAAUGUUGUCCAAACUGGUGUGACUUACUUUCUUAUCUGGAACACAAAACUAGAUGUUUUAAUUAAUAUUGCAUUUUCAUGCAAGAACUUGCAUCGAAUAAUGAUGCAAUUUAUCAUGUGAACAUGCAUGCCAAUGUGAACAAGCUUCUCUCAAACCACUCAUGAACCCUUAACGGACAAAUAUUGUCACUGAAAAAUUACUUAAAUUGCAUGUUGUUUCUCUAGUACUUAUCGUAUGUCUUCAGAUGACUUGGAAUAUGACAGGAGUUGCAUGGACUACUUUUAUGAUACAUUUGGGUCCUUUCUUUUUGCUAUAAAGUGAGACACUAUCCACUGCCAUUGAAAAGACGGCCUAUGAUAUUCAUUAAGACGUCUAAUAUUGUGUUCUUUAUAAGUAAGUCAAAUGUGUUUGGAACAUCAUGACUCGGGUGAGUAAAUAAGAACAGAAUUUUCUUUUUGGGUGAACUACUCUUAAGAAUGACCUCAAUUCUGAAGUGAAGGAAUGUUUUUCUUGCUCACUUAGAGUCUUACAGUCUCUGACAAUUUUGUUGUGGGGGAGUUCCAUAUUUUAUACUAAAUGACUCACCUUUCCAUUUGAAAGGGACAUUUUGGGAUUAUGCAGCAGAUCCCACUGGCUUCCUUGUGAAUUCUUGGUGCCUAAUACUGGUAGACAAGUUUGUUGCUCAUUCAUUCCUUUUAAGGGUUUGAAUAAAUGUUUUUUGA